UUUAAGAGCGAGUGGGACAUAGCGGUGCGAGGAAAAGGAGAGGAGGGGGAGAAGAAAGAGGAAUUAAAAAAGAAAAGGAAGAAAGAGACAGGGAGGGAGGAGGGAGAGCGGGCGAUAAAAAAAGAAAGAUGACAUCCUCGCAGCUGAGCGACCGAGGUGGAGCGAUGGGCUGCGGCCCGGCGACAGCGCCGCUCGCCGGGGUCACGGCUUGAAACCGACAGCGAGGCUUCGACAAACACCCGAGUGGCCUAUUGAGGGGAAAUCGGAAAAAACAGAUCCUCAAAAUUAAAAGGAAAGCAUGGGCUGCGGUGCCGCCAGACGCGCGUGCGACUACCCAUAUGUGCUUCCGUGCGUAAAAAGCGCAUUUAUUUUACGCAGAUUGGUUUUGGUUUGUUGCUAAAGUGUAACACCGAGCUGUGCGUGGGUUGUUUUGGAGGUUCUUUUUUUUUCUUUGGGGGGGUUGGUAUUAUUUGUUAAGGAAGUUUAACAGGGUGCUGCUGCGCGUUCAGGGAGAUUUGAUGAAUUAAAGUUAGGAAGCAAAGUGAAAGGAGGAACAGGCCCGUGCAGGAGCUGGCCUGCUCCGCCACCACCGCCGCCGCCGCUGCCUCCCUGUGCGCACACGGCCGCGCUGCGUUACCCAACAGCUGCGUGCAUGUUAAUGUCGGAGCAUUAGGCCGCCUCGAUGAGAACAGCACCAUUUCUGCAGAGCACUUCAUCCACGUUUUUGCGAGAGAGAGAGUCCGGGAGGCCGCGGAUCAUCGCGCUGCAGGACGCACGGUCGUGUGCGCCGCCACCAUCGCUGGGCCCAGUCGCACCAUGCACAGGAUCCCAAUCAGGAACUGACUUUAUAAUCUCCGUGGCGCAAAAUGGAUGCUGCUUGGAGCAAUUUCCUCUUCCAGCAUACUCCCACCCAAAACCAAGUGGAGGGGAGUCUCCAAUCAGAGCUCAUGCCCGUGCAUACGAGUUCUCCCCAAACCCCACCCACAGAGCACAUAGCACAGCCUCCUUCUACUGUGGACACUGCUGCCCUCAAUGAGGAUCCCCUGCCCGUGAAGCCAGUGUCUCGGCCGACCCGCGUGCCCCACAUCUGUGCCAUCUGCAACAAGCAGUUCAAGAACAACUACAACCUGCGGCGGCACCAGUCGGUCCACACUGGGCGGCCCUCGAAUCCCAACCCGAACCCGGUGAGGAAGAACCACGCCUGUGAGACGUGCGGGAAGGCCUUCCGCGACGUCUACCACCUCAACCGCCACCGCCUGUCCCACUCGGACGAGAAGCCCUUCUCCUGUCCCAUCUGCCAGCAGCGCUUCAAGAGGAAGGACCGCAUGAGCCACCAUGUGCGCUCCCACCAGGGCGGAGUGGAAAAACCCUACGUCUGCCCCCACUGUGGCAAGGCUUUCUCCAGGCCUGACCACCUGAACAGUCACGUCCGACAGGUGCACUCCUCAGAGCGACCUUUCAAAUGCCCAACCUGUGAGUCCAGCUUUGCCACGAAGGAUCGAUUGCGUGCGCAUAUGAUCCGCCACGAGGAGAAGGUCCCCUGCCACAUCUGUGGGAAGCUCCUGUCUGCUGCUUACAUCACAGAUCACAUGAGGGUGCACAACCAGUCGCAGCACCACGCCUGCCACCUGUGUAACCGCAGCUUCACCACGCUGACGUACCUCCGUGUCCAUGCCCAGAAGCACCACGGCCAGGAGUGGAAAGACAGUCCGGGGGGCUUUGGCGGCACAGCCUCCGGUGGCGUGCUCGUCUGCCACUUGUGUGGCAUCCACUGCAAGACGCCCACACAGCUCCAGGGGCACAUGGGCACCCAUGGCAACAACCACGGUGCCCCGAGCCCCGUCACCUCUAACGUGGGUGCCGGCAGCUCCAUCUCCCUCAGCAGCAUGGUGGCAGCACCCACUGUGUAUGUCACCGGCAACACGGUGGUGGACCUGCUCGUCACAGACUGCUCUAGCAUCGCAGCACCGCAGCAACACAGUUAGCAAUAGAGAGCCCAGCAAUAAUAACCUCAGUCCCUUAGCGGAGGGCAAGGUGGGAGAAGGUCGGAGUUACUCGUAGAUGCUGAUCCGGUUUCAGUUCUGUCAUGUCCCCCACUUCUAGGUAAGGUCAGGAUCGGGGGUGGGGGAGAUUCACACAGCGCUGCGGAGCUGGAGCGUCAGGAGAACCGGAGGCAGAGGAUACGUUGUAUUAAUAGAGCGAUGAAGUCAUGGAAAAAAGGGACGGUUGUGGCUGCAGCAGGUUCACAGACACUUAACGACAAACAUGGAUGUGUCGUCCAAAUAUUCCUGAAUGCUCUCGUGCAUUAAAGACUCCAAUGAAACUGUGGUAUUGUGAGCAUCUACUGUAUUACUCUCCCCUCUCUGCCCUGUCUCUCUCUUUGGCUGCUCUCUGCAAGUGCACCAAGUACUGUAUAUCUCACACCAGCUCUGAUCUUACCUCCAUUUUGCAACUCACGUACUGAGAAUCCAAAUGGCUCGUGUUUUUUUUUUAAGUAGGGUGAGAGAAGGACCCUACAUAGACAUAACGGAGAAACACAAUAGUCGGGAAGCUGCGUGCUUGGGUGUGGGUGUGUGUGUGUGUGUGUGUGUGCAAGUCAGGGGCUCUUCUAGCAUGGUAGUGUGUUUGUCUACAUAAAGUAAAAUAGAUUUCGAGCUAGUUUCUAGAGGGCUGUUUCUAGAUCAGGAAAGAUGACCAGGCACCCGUCGUGGUUGGUGUGUAAUCGUAUCGUGGGAUGUACUUUUUUCAUUUGUUUUCUUAACGUACAGAGAUAAGAAUAGAGUCGUGUUCAGGAGUGUCAAGCACCUUAAGUUGUUAUUGUUUGAUCCGGCGUGGAUCAAAAUGGGUUUGAGAUUUCUUGGGUUUUCUUGCUCUGAGUCUUCCUCUCUGGGUCUGGCCGUGUUUUAAAAAGAACAAAAAGAAAAAACAUACCUGCUACUCAACACUUCGGCUUCGGACAUGGCGAUUCUUGCACCAGAGAACUACCUUCUGCAUGAAAACAGGCUCGCUCGGUCAUGCUUAACGUUAGGGAGGCGUCACAACAAAAUAAACUUUUAGCAGUUUCGCUAAGUUAGUCGCCUGUAAACAAUAAUAUUUAUAAAAGUGUUGAUUUUUAUUCAGAAUAAUUUCCGUUGGCCAUUCAUUUGAUUGUAACUGUCUCUGCCAUAGUCCUUUUUUUCGUUUUCUCUAUGUAUCAGUCCAACGAGUGAAACUUAUGCAUUAGAUUUAGUCAUCUAACUCUCUGUAUAGCACAUAAUGUUCUGAACACAAGUCAUUAUCGUUCCACAUUAAUCACGGGAAGAGUGCUCACUUGUUCAUUGCCUAUGUUUGGUUUGAGUCAUGUCAUGAGUGGAUGUGUGGUGUCGGGGAAAGGGCUCAAAAAGUCACAAGUCAGGCAAAGAAGUCCGAUGGGAUUUCGACAACACCAAUUGGUAUGCUGUAAACAAAUCCUGGUUUUUGUACUGGAGUGCUUUUUCAGUUUUGUGUUCAUAUGUUACCUUCGGAUCUGUAGUUGUUUCUUUCCUUUCUUUCUUUCUUUCUUUGGAAAUGUGUUCUUCCUGUUGAGAAAAGUAGUGAUUUAUUCAAAAAGUUAAUUUUAGGGUUUCCUCCAUCACACUAAGAAAAAAAGUAAUACCUCUACUCUAGGAUUCUGUACAGCUCUUGUGAUACAUCUUAAUGCCUUAUCGUACUCAACUGCAUUUUAAUUCUUUUAUGAUGAGAUAUUUCAAAUCUUAGUCAUGGAUUCAUUAAGAAUAUUAAUGGGAUGUAUUUAUAUUUAUAUUUUUAUAUUUCUCAACAGUAUGCAUGUCUAAAAGGUUGUUAGAGCAAAAAAAAUCAAUGAUGCUUACUACAGUCAUAAAUAUUAUCUUAUUUUGUAGAUGAAGUAGAUGAACAUGUUAUUAUUUUGUAAUUUGGACAGUUUAAAGUAAAAAGGGUAAACAGGC